AUGGCGCCCAUAACAGGCAUUAUCGACAUCCACAAGAACUGGCGAUGUGAUUGUGGUACUAUUAAUUCCAUAGCAGAAAAAUAUUGCACAAACUGUAAGGAACCGCGCAAAAAGGGCUCGCAUGCGUUGACCCACAACAACCUGAAGAUCGGGACUCUUGGCACUGUUUUUACGGACGGACGAGAACACUGGUUAUAUGACAAAUACUCUGUGGAUGCCUACAAUCUCGUGGUAGCGGAGGGAUGUUAG